CACCCAGGGCAGUCCUGAACUCAAAACGUGUUCCAGUGGGAACACGUAGGCCGAGUCGGUGUCGACUGUGAUUUGUCUGACACCCAGUGAUGUAUUGGUGAUUAGACCGACGCAUCCCAGGAUGGCCAAGUUGAGUUGUGAGAUGGAAUUAAUGUCCAUCUGUUAUAGCUGAAGCCUGUGUAAAGUCAUACAGUGUGUUGCUGGAGACCCCUGCCAGUGUGUUGCUGGAGAGUAGAAGUGGCGACAAUACUGUAGAAGACUGGCCCAUGAUUUACUGAGAAAGGCAACCUACCAUGCACCACAAGGAUGUAAACAAAUGUUGAGGAUGAUGGCUGAGUGUGGGGAGGUGGGCCGGGCCCUCAAGUGUGUCUUGGAGAGGGUCUCUGCCGCUGCUAAGGCUAGGAGCCCUGAUGUGGCAGCUCUCUGUCCGCAACCUCGGUUGGUUGCUGUUAGUAAAACUAAGCCAAAGGAGAUGGUAAUUGAAGCAUACUCUGCAGGCCAGCGACACUUUGGAGAAAACUACGUUCAAGAGUUGAUAGACAAGGGUCAUGAUGAUCAGAUAUUAAUGGAAUGUCCUGAUAUUAAAUGGCAUAUGAUUGGUCACCUUCAAAGUAACAAGAUCAAAAAGAUUAUUGAUGUACCAAAUCUGUACUGCAUUGAAACCAUUGACAGCAUGAAGUUGGCCACAGCUGUUAAUAGUGCUGUCCAGAAGAACCUACAAGACAAGAAGUUAAAAGUGUUUGUUCAAGUUAACACCAGUGAUGAGGAAAAUAAAAGUGGAGUUCAUCCAGAUAAUGUAAAUGAACUGGUGAGCCAUAUCUUGCAGAACUGCAGUCAUCUGGAUUUAGUUGGCAUAAUGACCAUUGGUGCUUUUGACCAUGACAUCUCUAAAGGUCCCAACCCAGACUUUGAGAGGUUGCUGAUGUGUAGAGCCUCAGUUUGUGAAAGCCUAUGUCUAGAUCCUAAAGAUGUUGAACUAUCAAUGGGAAUGUCGAGUGACUUUGAGCACGCAAUUCUUGUUGGAAGUACUAAUGUAAGAGUUGGCAGCACAAUAUUUGGAGCCCGAGUCAUCAAGAAAUAACUAUCUGUUAAGGAUUAUCAGUUGCAGUAUAUAAAACAAAUUAACUGCU